UUUAGAUUUCGUUAUCAUUAAUGACAUGUCAGAUGAAAUGUCAUAACAUUGUCCUUGUUUUGGUUAUGCGUGGUGCAUUUUGAUUUGAUGAUUUUGAAAAAAUAGAUUAAUUGAUAUGUUAAUUGAUGACCUGAUAAACUCCUAAUAUAAAUAGAAUGAAGAAGCUGACGGGAUCCUUUCGAUAUACGCAAUGGGACCCGUGGUUGGUAAUCGCUCAAAUAGUGUCAAUUCAAUGCAUUUUGUAUACCACUCUAGGUCUGAUUUUAGCAUUAUUAUGUACACUUGUAGGCGAUACCAGGACCUUAGAUCAUAUAUUUGAGUAUCACGAAAUACAAGUACGAGAUGUCGGAGGGAGAAUUGUGAUAUCUAGCUUUGUGUUUAAUUCACUAAUUGGGCUGUAGCGCUAUGGUACAUUGUGCAACGUACAAAGCAAUGUAUGGACUUUAGUUGCACCUGGCACCUCAUCCACUUGGUGAUCUGCUGGUUUUACAACGGCAGCUUCCCAACAACAUUCUCAUGGUGGGCCUUAAACGUUGCUUGUGCCACUUUGAUGUGUGUUUGUGGAGAGUUUUUGUGCUUACGGACAGAACUGGCAGCUAUACCUUUGUCUUUAGGACCGAAAACGGAUCUCUGAUAUGUGAUACCAAAGUUGUGCUGAAUGGAUAUAUUUAUUAGAUGUAGAGUUAAAGAAAGGUGGUUGUGUAUAUAAGUGAAGAUUUUAUUAAGGUUUACCAAAAAAAAUCGUAAUAUUUGCAGUUUAGCCAAUGUGUAAAUGAGUGUUACAUUCUCAAACAUGUCAAAUUAAUAUAGAAACUGAUGCAAAAUUAGUCAAAAUGCAACUUAUAUUUUUGUGAAUACUCAAAUUGUCCUGCCUUAACAUUAUUUUUGUGUAAUCUUCAAUGUAUGUAAUUAUCUCAAAUUGUAUCACACAUAAGAUGAAAUAAAAAUCUGUAUAAUGUUUCU